UUCACGUGUAAACGUCUCUUAUACCAAUCAAAACAUGUCAGGACGUGGCAAAGGUGGUGCUGGCAAAGCCAAGGGCAAGUCAAAGACUCGUUCAACUCGCGCUGGACUUCAAUUCCCAGUCGGCAGAAUCCAUCGUCUGCUCCGUAAAGGAAACUACGCCGAGCGAGUAGGAGCCGGAGCUCCAGUCUACUUGGCUGCUGUCAUGGAGUACUUGGCCGCUGAAGUUCUCGAGUUGGCUGGCAAUGCCGCUCGUGACAACAAGAAGACCAGGAUUAUCCCCAGACAUCUUCAGCUGGCCAUCCGCAAUGACGAAGAGUUGAACAAACUCUUGUCUGGCGUUACCAUUGCCCAGGGUGGUGUGUUGCCCAACAUCCAAGCUGUUCUCUUACCCAAAAAGACAGAAAAAAAAGCUUAAAUUAAUUCAUCAGUUACCAUCGGCCCUUUUCAGGGCCACCAAAUUUUAACGUUGGUUCACUCUCUUUAAAGCUUCAACACCUAAAUAAAUAAUGUUCAAUUUUUAAGUGAAAUAUCACUAAGAAAAAAAACAAUACCAAAUUAAUAAAGUUCUAGUACAAUUAAAACGAAUGGUAGAUAGCAAUAAGAGAACUCGAAGUUUUCAGAAUAUACUUAUCGAAACGAACCUAGCAAGGUAUGUUUUGAAUAUCAAAUACUGUCCAAAAAAAGACAUCGAAUUGGUUAUGCCCUCAUGAUAAAAUUGUUUAUCGAUUUCUUUCGUACAGUAACUAUUAUGAAAUAUUUUCAACUUCAAUAACUUAUAAUUUGACUCAACGAUUAACAGAUAAAGUGUAUAUUUAUCAAGGUGACCCAUAAUUUAUUUACGUAAUUCAAAAAUUGCUUGUCUGAAACUCAUUCAUGCGACCAUAAUAUGAACUCCAUUAAAUGCCAUUAAAAGUUUCAUGCUUUUUACGAUUCUCAACUUCAUACGUGUAUGUAUGCACGAUAUACCUACGAUUAUGUACAUACGAUAUAUACAUGUUUAUGCUUGUCUUGAAAAGUCAUUUGCCAAUAUUAGUCAAGUUAUAACUUGAAAUGAACGGUUAAAAUACAUAGUUAAAAAUUAAAUUAACGGUUUGACCACAUAAACUUGGUUAUGAAAUUUGAAAUUCUAAUUCGACAUAAAUUAGCUGAUACUUUUAACGCGACAUUGUAAUGAAGAGUGGCUAAAUUGGAUGUUUAUUCUUCUAAUUGUUUAGAAAUCU